AUGGGAAAGAUCAUCUUCUAUGAAGACAAGAAUUUUCAGGGGCGCUCAUAUGAGUGUAGCUCUGACUGUGCUGACUUAUCCACAAAUUUCAGUCGCUGUAAUUCUAUUCGUGUAGAAAAUGGUAACUGGAUUCUAUAUGAGCAUCCAAACUACAAGGGAUAUCAGUACUACCUGAGGCGAGGAGAUUAUCCUGAUUUCCAGCAAUGGAUGGGUUACAAUGACUCCAUUAGAUCCUGCCAUUUGACUACCCAACACCGGGGACCUUUCAUAAUCAAGGUCUAUGAGAAAGAGGAUUUUAAAGGUCAGAUGAUGGAGUUCACUGAAGACUGUCCUUGUGUUUAUGAGAAAUUCCGUUACCACGACAUCCACUCCUGUAAUGUGCUAGAUGGUCACUGGAUGUUUUAUGAAGAAUCCAACUUCAAAGGACGUCAGUAUUACUUGAAACCUGGAGAAUAUAGAAAAUAUAAUAAUUGGGGUGCCUCAAACUCCAGAGUUGGCUCCUUCAGACGUGUUCAAUAUAUCCAUUAA